AUGGGAUCGCAUUUACACCCCAGAGGUGUUGUGACGGGUUAUGUAGCACAACUUUUAGAUCUUCCUAGCUUAUUAGCCAUGCUGCUCACAGGCAUCAUUCUCAGGAACUUCUGUGAGUCCCUCAUUAACGUGGUGCAUGUUUGCGAUGAACCGUACAGUUUCAUUUAUUGCAAAGAUGGUUUUUGGGAUGGACAUACUCUUCGGUGUAGCUUUAGGCGCUGUUUGGGAGCUGUGUCACCUGCUGUAGUUAUCCCUGCUCUUUUGGAUGCCGGCAAGGCAGGUAUGUUAUAUUCUAACCUUCUUCUCCUGUUCUUAUAG